AUGAGAACCAAAUCAGUGGGAAAGAAAGAGGACAUACAAAGACUGUUAAGAUGUUCUUUGUUUUUGUGGGAGUUGGGGGCAGUACUGGCUCAAGUUGCACAGUGUUCAUCUCGCCCACCGGGCAGUAGCAUGAUGGGAGCUGCAGCUGCAUCGCGUGCGUUGAAGGGCCGCGCAGAAAAGAUGGAGGUGAGCCCAACUCACUAUGUUUUGAAAACGCCAAUGGAAGGACCUUGGCCAGCAAAAAUGAAGGUAUGCGUUCUCGCCAACGGCUGUUUCUGGGGAUCGGAGAAAGGAUUUUGGCGCUUGCCAGGCGGGGGUGUCUACUCCACAGCUGUUGGCUAUGCAGCAGGGCGAACCCCGAACCCGACCUACGAGGAAUGCUGCUCUGGACAGACCGGGGCGACAGAGGCAGUGCAAGUUGUUUAUGACCCAGAGAAGGUUAGUAUGGUGGAUCUCCUGCGGUGGUUUUGGGAGUCCCACGAUCCCACACAGGGAAAUGGCCAAGGAAAUGACCGAGGGACGCAGUACAGAAGUGCACUGAUUUUCUUUGACCGUGAGCAAGAAGAGCUCAUGCGAGCAAGCAAAGAUGCCUAUGAGAAGGCUUUACAGGCAGCUGGGAAAGGUAUGGGCCCACGAAUCACCACAGAGAUUGUGGCAGCUAGUGACUUUGAACAGCCCUUCUACUAUGCAGAAGACUAUCAUCAACAGUACCUGGCGAAGCCCGGUGCAAGGCCAUACUGCAGCGCCCAGCCAUUGCAGGUGCCGCUGCCCCCAUUUGAGGAAUGGGCAAAUGCAUCUCUGGCCCAUCACGCUCCCAAGCUCUCUGAGGACUUUUGGAAGCAGCAUGCACCAAAGGCUCAUUGCGUCAUCCGGGCACCACAUGAGCCGAUCAAAUUUUUCUGA